AUGGAUGUUUUGAAAAAUCCUAGAUCAUCUGCCCCAACCAUGGAGGAGCAGGAGGUGGUGGUGGGCUUGGUGGAAGACUGGGAGGUGGAGCUGGCGGUGGACUGGGAGGAGGAGCUGGGGGUGGACUUGGUAGAGGAGCAGGAGCAGGAUGUGGUGGUGGACUUGGUGGGAGCAGCGAUGGAUAGGAAGGCUGAUCACGAGAUUCCACUAGUUCUCUCUGUUGAACUCAAGAUUGGCUCCGCCACUAUUGUUGUACCUGAUAUCAUUGACAACUCGUUUGCUAAGGUCAAGUCUGUAGUAACCAGAGGUGUGAUCUGCCUUGAGACUGAGGACGUCGAAGCUGCCUUGGCCCAGGCCAUGAACGCUGGUGCCACUACGGAAGGAGAGAUCUCCGAGGGUGAUGACUCGUGCUGCGGCGGGCGCGUGGGCAAGGUGAAGGACCCCUAUGGCAAUAUUUGGCUUAUUUGCUCUUCUCGAAGAAAUGCGCUAGUGUGGAAGCUUAACGACCCUCUGAUCUGA